CUGAUACCAACUGUUCCCGAAGAAAACACCUGAAUCAACGACCAGAUUCCUAAGUAUUUGGCCACAGUGUUUGGAAGGUCAAAGGAAAAACAACAUGAGGUGCUACUAGACAAUUGAGUGGAGUAAAUGUCAAGGUGCUGAGAAACAACUGUACUAGGAACAGAUCACAUGAAGAAACAACACGACUCAGUCGAUGGUACUUCUAUAUGUCUACUACAACCCCUCUCUCGAGGUCGUAGUCCCUCUUUUUUCAGGUGGCAUGUUCCAGACCAUGGACCAUGAAGUGAAAGUCUAUGUGUUUCAUGUCUUCUCCAAACGAGAUCUGAGGAACGCGACCUUUGACGAUGACAUGGGUUGGAAUUUCAAUGGCUUUGGCCCGUGGGGUUGCCUCGAUGCCAGUGACCAAUGGUGCUUUCAUUGCUACCAUGUUGGAGGGGAAUGUGGGCAAGGCCUUUUCUACAACCUCUUCUACUUAGCUGAUAGCGUGCAUCCUGGCACAGGAGCACAAAUCCAUGAAAAUCCGGCGGAAGAAGCUCCGAGAGGUUCUAGACACAGGUUUUCGUGGGCUCUGGCGGCGGAGGGUGCUGUGCGACCCAUCGGAGUCAUGCUCGACGGCUGCCGAUGGCUUCAUGAGAACUCCGUCCGAGUGCGGGGCUUCCCCACCGUGCCGAGUCCCUGUGAGGACUUCGUCCAGCAAGGACGUUGUGGCGAGAUCGUCGCAUAUCACAAGGUCAUCGAGGGUCGCGGGUGCGCACUGAAGUUGCUACCUGAAGGGAAGCUCAAGUUGUUUCCUUCAGACGAAGAUGAGAGCUUGUACAUCGGAAGCACUCAGCCGACCUACGCCAUUGAAGAAGCUGAACAAAGGGAGAAGCGGACGGUCUGGCUGGAGCGCGUGGAAGAGGAUGGAAUCUGA